UAAACAAUGUUGCCCUGAUUACGAUUGAAAAUGUUGUCUAUAACAGAAGUCGAUGAUUAUUUGCGCGGAUUGCGCGAUCGCAUUGCCGCCGUCCAGGAGGAAUCUUCUGCGUCGGACAAAUUGUUACUUACAACAAACGUUUUCGAGCAAAUACAAGAUCAUAUAUCAUCAUUGGCAAUUCAUCAAGUGCUGUCUAAAUAUCUGGAGAAGCUGAUUACGCUUUUAGCACACUCACUUAUAGAGGAUCCUGUAAAUGACAUAGUAGAAAAACGUGAUCUGUGCAUAUCACUGUGCAAUCAACUGUUACUAAAGGGUGAUGUUGAGGUAUUAUCAAAGGACGUAUUUGGGUCACAUGUGCUUCAAUCCACUUUACAAUGUUGCACGCUUUUCGAACAUCAAGGAGCAUCAAUUAGUGAACCUCUUCGAUAUUUUGCGACUACUGUAGAGGAUCGAUGCCUAUUCGAGUUGCUUCAUCAUACAUCAGGGUCACACGUUUUACGCAGCUUAAUGAAAGCCCUUGUAGGAGUUUUGGACGCAGAAGCAUUUCAGAAAGCUAAACGGAAGUCAGCAGAUAAGCCUGAAUCACUGCUGCACAACAAGCAUGAGGUGGAGGAAUGGCGAUUUACAAUAGUAGAACAUUGGAUAGAGUUAUUCUGCAAGGAUCUAAUGGGUUCUCUAACGACAAGCCAAGCCUGUGCUACGGUUUGCUUGGCAUUGAGGUUAUGCAAACAAAGACAAGGAACUAAAGUAGCGUUGCAAUGUAAUCAGGUUUUGGCAUAUAGCAUUAGUCACUGCAAUGAAUCAAAGAUAGCGAGUUAUGCAGCAGAACAAUGCAUCGACUUGUGUGAUAAUGCUGAGUUCAACCAAGUCUGGAAAACUAGCAUCCUACCCAAUGCUAAGGAAAUAGCAGAGAACAGUUUCGGUAACUACGUAUUGCAAGCUGUAACACGUAAUAAGUACUUCCAGCCGACCCAUUUGGAGGAACUUCUAGAAACUAUAGAUAUGGGCAACUUGCUUCUAACAUCUUCUUCCUCUGUAGUAUGGCGUAUCUGUGAAGCCGCAGUAUCCCUAGGUACAGGACAAUCGCAGUUUAUAAAGAAGCUCCAAGAUGCAUUACAUAUAUCGCAAUACAAAACCAAGCAGCUCAAAAAAGCAAAACAAAGGGAAACCGAACUUCCGCCGCGAACCGAUGUUGCACCGGAACAAUAUGAUGCCACAGAAAAUAAAUCAGAUGACGAUGAUCCAAGUGUGAAACAUAAUGACUCUGAAAAAGUCAAAGGGCAUAUAUGGUUGGCGUUGAUUUCAUGUCAACCACCAGAGCCUAAUCGCAUUCACUUACGUGCUACUGGUGCUUCUAUUUUACUCAACCUUCUAAAAUUUGAUCGCAAAUUGCUUACCAAUAUAUUGGGAGACUUUAAACAUUUUAUUCGUAUUGCCAAAGCACAGCAGAAGUUGUUAUCGCUUGCUACAGAUCGUCACUUUUCAAGAGUGCUACAGUUAAUGCUUGACCGUCGUCAAGGUCUUUUGAAGGAAAAAGGUAUAGAGCGCCUUUUCAACUACCUGAAAGCACAUUUUGUGGAACUGGCACUUAAUAUAAAUGGCGCUUUUGUUUUAUCAAGUCUUUUUAAUGCAUCGCCGCUUCGGCUCCGUCAAAGUUUACUUACGGAACUAGCACCAGAGAGCGAACGCAUCAAGGCGAAGAGCAAGAAGCUUGUGGAAAUAAUUGGCCUUGAGUCAUUCUGCAAGAACAAGGAGCAAUGGUCUAAGAAGAUGAGCAAAGCGCAGUCAGUCCGCACGUUGUUUAAGGACAUUAUCGACACAAAUGAGUUACACUGAUUAACAUCAUUAGUUACUAU